UCAGUAAAGUUACUGAUCGGAAAUUUCGGGGGUGUCGAAAGCAGAUUAGAUUAUUUAAAUAACGUGAAAGAUGCCCCUGAACAUCUGAUAUACAUCAUUAUUAUUAUAUAAUAGUGUACUAUUAGAUUAUUACCAUGUAUUCUGCUCUACAUACUUGUAUUAUACAUGUAUAAUAACCCCUUUCAAAAUGACCCCACCAAAAGUGAUCAUUAGUAAAUGUAGUUUUCAACACAAAUAAGCCGUAUUGUUAUUAUGGAUGUAGUUCUAGUACCCUGUUGCAUGUUGCAUGUUACAUGUGUUUUGCCGUCAUGGGGUCGGUGUCUCUGCGGGGAUCACGCAUCAGAAGGCGAUACUGAAUGCCUGAGUGAACUUCCUGUGUUCAUUUCACUACAUUGUCUGAUUUAAAACGGUGCUGCAUAACUCAUGUGUGUUUCCUUUGCAUUGCAAACGACAUUCAUCCAGCCGACCGCAGAAAAGUACAAGUUUGAUGCUCGCAGUUUACCGUGGGAGGAACAAAAGACCCCCUUGUGAAAACAAAACCCACAAUCUCACUUCUGCUUGCAUUCUGCAUUUCUUUUCUCAGUACUUGUUCCCAUUUCAUUUAAUUCGACUUUUCUAAAUGAUGAAUCAUAGCAGACAAACAUGUAGAUAACAGUUUGACUCUGUGACAAAGAUCUGGAAUGUAAAGUACAUGAAGUGCUUCCUCAUCAAGAAAUCAUCGAUCCAAUAAUACUACACAACACAGACGAGUACUUUUACUUCUGAUAAUCACAACAUCUGUCAUCUCUUUUGAUAGAUGACUGUCCUUCUCCACCGGCCCCGGCCCCGGCUCCUCUCCCCCCACCCAUGGAAACGCCACCUAAGCGCCCAGAAAAAGCCACAAAGCCCAAACCUCCCCCCCGGCCGCUGUCCAGGCUGUUUAGCGGCACGGAGCACGGAGCAGAUGUGUUGAAGGGCUUUGAUGCUUUUCGGGCAGACGACACCCUCUGUGACGUCGUCUUGGUCCCCGGGGACAGCGGGGACACUUUCCCCGUCCACAGAGUCAUCAUGGCUUCCUGUAGCGACUAUUUCAAGGCGAUGUUCACAGGAGGCAUGAGGGAACAGGAGAUGAGAGAGAUCAAGCUGCACGGGGUCACUAAGUUGGGUUUAAAGAACAUCAUAGACUUCAUUUACACAUCCAAAGUGUGCCUGGACAUGGGGAAUCUCCAGGACACUCUGGAGGCUGCAAACUUCCUGCAGGUCAUGCCCGUCCUGAGCUUCUGCAACCAGCUCCUGAGCAGCGAGAUCACUAUUGAUAACUGUGUGGAAGUGGAGCGCAUCGCCGCAGACCUGCACCUGGAGGACGUCCAGCUGAACAUAGGUGAGUUUGUGAGCCAGAACCUCUCGGCGCUGGUGGAGUCCGGCCGCUACCUCCAGCUCUCUAAAACCAGCAUGGCCGUGGCGCUGUCCAGCAACUCCCUGAAGGGAUUCUCCGAGAUGGAGCUCUACCACAUCGCCCGGGGAUGGCUGGACCACGACCCCCCGAGUCGCCGCUGCCACGUCCACGCCUUGAUGCGCCACAUUCGCUUCCCGCUGAUGAGCCCCAGCGAGCUCAUGCAGAUCUCCCAGGAGGACGAGGAGGAGGGGGAGUCCAUGAUGCGCUCUGAUGCGGCCUGUGUCAACCUGCUGCUGGAGGCCAGCAACUACCAGAUGAUGCCUUUCAUGCAGCCGGCCUUGCAGACCGAGCGCACGCAAAUCCGCUCCGAUGACACCCACAUCCUGGCCCUGGGCGGCGUGAUGCGGCAGCAGCUGGUGGUGAGCCGCGAGCUGAGGCUGUACGACGGUAACACCGGCCACUGGAGGGCCCUGAAGCCCAUGGAGGUGCCGCGGUACCAGCACGGCGUGGCCCUUCUCGGCGGCUUCCUCUUCAUCGUUGGAGGCCAGAGCACGUAUGACACCAAGGGAAAGACGGCCAUCGACAGCGCCUACCGCUACGACCCGCGCUUCGACAAGUGGCUCCAGAUCGCCUCGCUCAACGAGAAGAGGACCUUCUUCCACCUCAGCAUGCUGAAGGGGAAACUGUACGCAGUCGGGGGAAGGAAUGCCUCGGGAGAGAUCGACACGGUGGAGUGCUACGACCUGAGGAGAAACGAGUGGACAAACGUGAGCAACAUAAAGGAGCCUCACUACGGACACGCCGGAACGGUUCACGGGGACCUCAUGUACAUCUCGGGUGGAAUCACCCGGGACACCUUCCAGAAGGAGCUGUGGUGCUACGACCCCGUCGCCGACGCGUGGGCCCGCCGCGCCGACAUGAAGGAGCUGCGCGGGCUGCACUGCAUGUGCACGGUGGGGGACCGGCUCUACGUGAUGGGCGGGAACCACUUCCGGGGCAGCAGCGACUACGACGACGUCCUGGCCUGCGAGUUCUACAGCCCGGAGGCGGACCAGUGGACGGUGGUGGCGGCCAUGUCCCGGGGCCAGAGCGACAUCGGCGUGACGGUGUUCAACGGGCAGGUCUACGUGGUGGGGGGUUACUCCUGGAACAGCAGGUGCAUGGUGGACAUCGUGCAGCGGUACGACCCGGAGCGGGACGAGUGGGACCGCGUGUUCAACGUGCUGGAGCCGCUGGGGGGGAUUCGAGCGUGCACCAUGACGGUCCACCUGCCGGAGGGCUCGGUGGACGAGGCUCAGAUGCCGGAGGGCCCGCUGCCUACGGCCAAGAGCUGAUGGGCGGAGGGGGGGGGUCACCAAAGCUUCUUCAGCGGGGGGGAGGAGGAAUAAAGCGGGCAUUAUUAUACUUUUUGAUCGCUCUCCAAUAAUGUCAUAACUAAACGCCUCUAACACGCCUCCAACACGCCUCCAACACGCCCCCAACACGCCCCGUCUGUUCCGAUCUGCAGUCAAGUCAUGAGACAAAAACAAAAGCUUGGAAGCUGUGAACCUUUUCUUAAAGAAUAAAACUGCAGAUUAGACCUCAAAUCCAGCAGACAAAUAUCCAAAUACCAAAAGUCAUAUUGUAUAUUUAUGUGUGUGUAUGCAGAUGCAACACACACACACACACACACACACACACACACAGUGGGUUGAUUAGAUGCGGGUGAAGGACGAGCACAGCGCCCUUGAGACGUCAACCUUCAUCUUCCAGAUAAGUCAGCAGUCAACAUAAGUCAACGUCGUUUUCUGCGCCAAGGUCGACAAACACUGACCAGGAGACGGCGACGGCGACUCAGAAGGACACACAAAGUGGUUCUUUGCGCCGCGCAGACACACGGCGGCACUCUUAAUUCAAAUGCAGCAAAUGAUGACCCCAAAAAACAUGACCCUUGAAUAACAGACCGGCCGUGGAUGGACUGACUUCAGAGACGGGAAUGUUGUGGGAGGUUCACAGACACGAUGACACCGUCCGGGGGUAAAAACCCUGCAGCACUCGGGGGUUUCCAGCACAACAGCUGCACGCACCACGUGGACGAGCAAACCAAGGCCGACCUCCAUUCAUCACGGCGCGAGUGGAAACAUGUUCGGCGGUCUGGCAGACAACUGUCGCCUUGAAAUGUCCAACGUUGUUUGCUUCGGCCGCACAUCUUCUGGAAGAAAGCGCUUCAUUAUCGUGGAGGCUGAACAGAUCGGAUGUGCUCAUCGGCCCUUUUAAAGGGGUUUUGCGGCUCCGCUGAGCCUCUCGCAUAAAUCACAUGAUGGUGUACAAGUGAAUGAGUGCAGCCUGAAGCGUGUCAGCUAGUAAAAACUACACCUUCACAUUUCAAAUUUCAGUUCAGGAUAUUAAAGUGUAACAUAGGAUUGUUAUGGGUGUUUUUGUAAUAGCUGCAUUCAUACAGAUAUUCUUAUAUAUUUGAGUACAUUUAUUUCUGUCAAUACAUAUGAUAUUUUAUGCCGCGCUGUGAGUCUUUGUCGCUUUUAAAUAAACGAUCUCAGCAUUAUUUGUAUCUGUUCAUCUUCAAUAAAUAAUCUUUAAAGAUAA